AACGACAGGACCUGGGCUCCGGUUUCCGCACGCGCGCCGAGCCCUUUUGGACCGACGCUCGUGAGACACGGAGCGCUAAGGACGACGGACCGCAGAGGUUGUCUGAAGGCCGAGGCCAAGAUGGCGUCCCUGACCGCUCCUGGCUUGCUCUGCAUUCGGGUCCUUGGCCUGCGUUCAUGCGCGGGUGCAGCAGUGCAGGCACGGGGCAUCCAUCUGAGCGUGGCCAAUGAGGGCCCAAGCAGUACCCAGCCUGCUGUGUCCAAGGCCGGAGCUGUGGUCACCAAAUACAGCGACAUUCCUAGGAACCGGGGCGAGUAUGUGGUGGCCAAACUGGAUGACCUCAUCAACUGGGCCCGCCGGAGCUCACUGUGGCCCAUGACCUUCGGCUUGGCCUGCUGUGCUGUGGAGAUGAUGCACAUGGCAGCACCCCGCUAUGACAUGGACCGCUUUGGUGUGGUCUUCCGUGCUAGCCCACGCCAAGCCGACGUAAUGAUUGUGGCUGGCACACUCACCAACAAGAUGGCCCCAGCACUCCGCAAGGUCUAUGACCAGAUGCCGGAGCCACGUUAUGUUGUGUCCAUGGGGAGCUGUGCCAACGGAGGCGGAUACUAUCAUUACUCCUACUCUGUCGUGAGGGGCUGUGAUCGCAUUGUGCCUGUGGACAUAUACGUACCAGGCUGUCCCCCAACCGCAGAGGCCCUGCUCUACGGCAUCCUACAGCUGCAGAGGAAGAUCAAGCGGGAGAAGAGACUCAAAAUGUGGUACCGAAGGUAGUGCUGCCCAUGCUACUACCCUGCAAUUGUGAAUAAAUCCAUAGUAAACUUG